ACUAUACCAAAGUGUACACGUCCUUCCUUUGUGACCUUGCGCGAAUUCGGUUAAGCUCAGCAACCGCACUUGUAACCUGGCCAGAUCUUGGUGUUCUUUCGAUACCACGAGGUCGCCAACAAAUACAACUCGACUACAGCCAUCAACUGACUUCUGAUAUUUGACUUACGGGGAUAUUAACGGUUAACUGGCACGUAGUCAUCCUGUAGUGUUGAUCAUAGUCAACCGCGACUCGACACCACACUACAACUGGUGAGCCAAAUCUAAGAAUAAGUCUCAACCUCUGGUCAAAUCUUCCAAAGAAGCCGAUUGCGCUUUAUACAUUUUGAAUAAAAUGCAAUCAAUGAGACGACUGAAGUUCCUUUUGCCAUAUUGUAUCAUAACAUUGGGGAGUGCGUUUCCUUUUGGAUAUCACACUGGAGUGAUAAAUGCACCUGCUGACCUGAUCAAAAGCUUCAUAAAUACUACUCUGGUUGCUAGGUCAGUCACAUGUGAUGGACGUUGCAUUGACUUGAUAUGGUCAAUCUGUGUUACGUCCUUCCUCCUUGGGGAUUUUUUGGAGGCUUGAUUGGUGGCGUUUUGGCUAACAAGUUGGGCCGGAAAAAAUCACUAUUUCUGCUUUCUAUCCCAACUGUAAUUGGGUCACUCCUGAUGAUGUUUUCGAAAAUGGCACAAUCUUUCGAAAUGAUUAUUGUUGGGAGAUUUACAAUUGGGAUAGCUUGUGGCGCUCAUACAGUCGUUGGGCCUAUGUUUUUGUCAGAAAUAGCUCCUGUCAAUUUCCGUGGAGCUGCGGGAACUUUCAAUCAGUUUGUGCUUGUUUUCGCUAUACUGUUGUCACAAGUGCUUGGUCUGCCUGAAGUGAUGGGGACAACUGAAUUAUGGCCAUAUCUACUUGCUUUAUGUACCGUUUCCAGUGUCAUACAUAUUUUACUUCUGUCCACUUGUCCUGAAAGUCCUACUUACUUAUACAUUAUUAAAGGUGAUCGUCGAAGGUCAGAAAAUGCAUUGGUUUACCUUCGAGGGCAAGAUUGCGAUGUACAUGCUGAAUUAGAACUACUAAAAAUGGAGACACAACAGUCAUCUACACACAAAUCAAAUUUUUGCGACCUACUACGUAUUCCAUACUUGCGAUGGGGACUGAUUGUAGCUUUGGUACUACAUAUUGGCCAACAGUUUUCCGGUAUAAAUGGAAUUCUUUACUACUUCGUAAGUUUAUUCAUAUCGAAUGGGUUAACAAAACAAGUUGCAAGCUAUGCGAAUCUUGGUACUGGAGUUACUAUUCUAAUUGGUUCAUUGGCAUCCAUAUUUAUUAUCGAUCGGAAAGGCAGACGUCCUUUAUUAAUCUUUGGAAUAUCAGCUUGCCUUUUUAGCCUCUUACUAUUCACUUUAACUUUGAUUAUUAAACAAAUGACUGGAAUCAAUAAACUCACAAUUCUAUCUAUUGUAUUGACAUAUACGUUUUUAUUUGGAUUUUCAGUGAGUUUAGGUUCUAUUCCAUGGUUUUUGGUUUCUGAAUUGUUUACGCAAGAAAAUCGUGAUGCUGCUGUCUCUAUUGCUGCAGCAACCAACUGGUUAUGCAAUGCUAUUGUAGCAUUAAUAUUCCCACAGUUGGUUAUCUAUAUUAAUAUUUAUGCUUUUAUACCGUUUAUAUGUGUAUUGUUGGCUGUAUUAAUAUUUGUCGGAUUGUAUCUACCUGAAACGAAAGGAAAACGCCAGCUUCCAUCGAAGCUUACUUUAUGCGUCUUUGUGGUUUCCGUGGGACAGAAGUACAUGAAAAUCCAACAUUUUCAGAUAUAAUAGAUGAUACAACACAAGCUUAGUUUGGUAACGGUGGCACUGAUGAUUUAGUUCACAAUUCACUUUGACAAGAAUAUAUUAUAUUAAUAUAUAUAUAUAUAUAUAUAUAUAUAUAUAUAUAUAUAUAUAUAUAUAUAAAUCCUCAUUCAUAUCGUGUACUAUUACCACUAUAGAUUUUAUAUACCAUUAUUUUUUUGGAUAUUAUGCCUCUCCUAUAUAUACAUAUACAAGAUUGCCAAAUGUUCUAACACAUUUCUAUUUUCUGCAUAAAUUAUGUCAGUAUGUGUGACUAUUCUCUUAUUUUGAAUUUUUGUCUAAGUUCAUUGAUUCAUUCUAAUAUCUUAUCGUUGUCUAUCUAGUUGUUAUUUUCUAUUUAAGGUUUAUCUUAUUAUUUAAAACUAUUACAUUAUGUCUAUCUCAUCUGUAUCCAUUGACUUUCUUCUUUAAAUGUUGAUAGUUUUCUCGAUGUGUUUUUUUUGUUCCAUUUCUCUAAUGCCUAAAAAAAAUUUUCAUUUACCCUUGGAUUUUCUUUUAAUGUAUUAGAUAAUAUUAAAUUUUAAUGAUAUAUUAAAAUAUUACUUAUUUUUCUUUAUUUUCUUUUGUUUCUAUAUUAAACAUACAACAAGUAUAUCAAUAAUAUUUUUAAUUUUUUUUUCUUUCUGUGAAUUACCAAAUCAUAGCUGACAACUGUGUUUUUUUCGGGCGCUCGUUUUGUAUUCUCUUAUUUUCAUUGAAAUAAAACAUACUUUUUCUCUCAUCAAAAGUCUGUUGUAUUGUUUUAGACAUACUACAUUCUGAUCAUAUAUAUAUAUAUAUUACAGAAAGGAGUGCACAUGAUUAUUUAACUGUUUAUUCUGAAACCAGUAGUCACUGUUCAAUGUCAAAUAGUUUUUGAGUAUUUUCACUAGAUAAUAUCAAUCCAUAAUGAUAAACCAUUUUUGAAUUAUAUUAAUCUUCACUAAUAGUUUAUCCAGAUUGUAAUAUUUUACUCUUUGAGGACUAGCUCUAAAAUGAAUUGCAAAAGUUCGAAUGGAAGUCGAC